UGGGAGAAGACUGGGCGCCGUGCGUGGGUGAAGUCGCCCGGCUGCUGGACGCUCUCGUGCGGGCGAACGGCGGCGAAGAUAUGGAGUUCUCCGUCAGAGACCCCGUGCUCACCGCGCUGACCACCAUCAAUCACGACGCUACAGCCGCCGUGACAGCGAUCUUGUCGAAGCGUGCGGACGAGCUGAAGGAGAUGGAGGGAGGUCGUCUCAGGUCCAGCACGAUGAGCCCGAAGGCGACCAAGCGCGCUCGACGGUCGGCUUCAGCUUCGCCGAUCAAGGCGCCGGGAUCGUCUGCGAGUUCGAGGUCGAGAGCGCGGGGCACCAAGAAGACGCACGCAGUUGGGGAAGCAUCGGCGAUGGGCUCGGCUGAGAAAUGA